AAUAAAUGGCUGCUUAUUCUUUUGGAACAUCAUAUUAAAGACCACCAAUAAAAGUUGAAUAAGCUCCUGGAGUAGGGGUAUGAAUAAAUAUGAAUGAUUAGAACUACAAUGGUGAUCGUUAUCAUAAUUAAAGACCUCCUAGUUGGAAGUACAAAUAAAUCAGUUAAAUUUAGAAUUGGAACUGCUAAUAGAACAAUAUAGUAGAUGGUAUAUUAACCUGGUCCAGGAUAAUAUGAAUAAUUAUAGAGGGCAAUUGUAAUUUAAUAUAUGUGAUUUUGAGAAAAGGAAAAAGCCUGAAUUUUCAAUGGGUGCUAAAUUUAGAAAUCAUAUAGAAGUAGGGAAGGGAAUUACUCGUAAAUAUUGAAUAAUAAUAGUUUUUAGCUGGUCCUGGUGCAUAUAAUCCAGAUUUCAAACCUUUAUAGAAAUGUGCUUCAAGUUAUAGUAUGCGUAAUAAACCCUAAUUGGGUGGAAUUGAUGAUAAUUUAAGAGAACUAAAAAAUGGUCCAGGUCCAGCUGCAUAUGAGACUAAUUAUUCUACUAUUUUAAGUAGGCCAGCAUCUAGAAUUGGUAAUUAAAAUAGAGGAGGAUUCUAUGAUACAAAAGGAUAUAUUCCAGGUGUUGGUAAAUAUAAUAUUCGUCCUUCAACAUCAGGACCAUAUCACAGAUUUGGAAAUGCUUAAAGAGAUUCAACUUUUACUGAAAGAGUUUAAACUCCAGGUCCUGGAUAAUAUAUGCAUUAAUCACAUUUGAAUCUUAAAGCUACAACAAUUAGUUCUAAAAGAAUACCUACUAAUACUGAAAAUGCUCCAGGUCCUGGACAUUAUGAUCCUUCUACUGAUUUUACUAAACGUUCUAUUCCUGGAGGUAGAGUUGGAACUGCUAAAUAAAGAUAAGUUUUUGAUUCGCGUUUUACUCCUGGACCUGGACAUUAUUAAUCUUAAAGUGCUACUAAAAGAAGACCUCCCAGUUAUAAAAUUGGAUCAGAAUAAAGAACACUUAUUAAUUAAUAAGAAGUUCCAGGACCUGGAUCUUAUGAUAUUAGUAGAGAUGGAACUAAUAAAGCUUAUACACUUAGACCUAAAUAUACUGAUAGAUUACCUGAUGGAACACCAGGACCUUUAGAUUAUUAUCCUAAUAUAUCAUAAACUAAAUCAAGACCUUUAUCUUGUAGAGUCGGAACUGAAAUCAGAGAUAAAAAUAAAAUUAAUGAUAAUCCUGCUCCUAACCAUUAUUAACUUAAUCAAACAAAUCCAGGACCUAAAUUCCCGUAUCUAUUUUAUCUCUUUUUUCAUUAGAUUUGGAUCAGAAUCUAGAGUUACUGAUAGAAAUGAUGUUGCACCUGGACCUGGAACAUAUAAUAUUCCUCCUUAUUUUGCUAAUGUUCCUAAUUAUCUUAUACCAAAUAAAAUUGAUUUAUGA